AUGUCCAACGCAGAUCUAACCUCCUCCUACGAAGACGCCUGUCAAUCGGAUCCGGAGCUCCAGUCCUUCGACUCCACCCUCCAACACCGAACCACCACCCUCAUCAACAAUCUCGCUGUCGGCCCCGAGCUCCGUUCACUUUCAUUUAACUCCCUCCGUCAACUCACCGGAACUUUACUCGACACCAAUCAAGAAGUAGUCAAACAUAUCCUCGAAUGCAAACACGACAUUUGGCAGAACGACCACUUGUUUAACCUAGUUGAACAUUUCUUCGAAAUCAGCCUGCAAACCCUAGAUUUCUGCACAUCGCUUCAGAAUUGCUUGAAAAAUGCUCGAUCUAACUUAUCGUUUAUUCAAAUUAAAAUCAACCAAUACGAUUCUAACACGAAUCAGUUACACAUCCUUGAGCAGUUCAAAGAAUUCAAUGGUUUAGAAUUAGAUAAUCCGUUUACAGACGAGUUUUUCCAACUGUUUCAAUCUGUUUACGAAAAGCAAAUGACAAUGUUGAAGAAUAUACAAAACCAAAAGGGAAAAGUUGAUAAGAAGUUGAAGUUAACGAAGACAUGGAGGAGAUUGAGUAAUGUGAUAUUUGUAACAACUUUUAGUACUGUCUUGAUUUGCUCGGUUGUGGCUGCAGCGGUUUCUGCACCGCCGCUGGUAACCGCGCUGGCUGCAGCUGCGGCUGUGCCGUUAGGGUCGAUGGGGAAGUGGGUUAGUUCUUUGUGGAAGAAGUAUGAGAAGGAGUUUAGAGAUCAGAAAGGGGUGAUGAGUGCAAUGCAGGUUGGUAGUUAUAUUGUGAUAAAAGAUUUGGACAAUAUCAAAGUUUUGGUUGAUAAAUUGGGGGCUGAUAUGGAGAGUAUGUUGCAGAGUGCUGAUUUUGUGAUCAAGGAAGAGGAUGUUGAAGGGGUGGGGGUGGUAGUGGAUGAGAUGAAGACGACAGUGAGUAUGUUUGCGAAAACGAUUGAUGAUUUGAGUGAUCAUUCGGACAAGUGUAUAAGGGAUACAAGGAGGGCAAGGACUAUGAUUUUGCAGAGGAUUAUCAAGCAUCCUAGUGACUCACUUUAG